AUGUCGGCCUCGGAACCGCAUUCGGGCACCUCGACCCCCCGCGCAUUCACCGGGCAGACUGCGACGGCAGAAGACCUCCUCAAGACACAGACGGUCGGGCUCGUGAAUCUCGCCGACUUCCGCAAGCGACGCGCCGAUGUGCUGGAGCAGAAGGAGAAAGAGGCGCGCGAUGGAUCAAGCGGCAUGGCAACACCGGAUGUCGAGGACAGCGACGGUGCGCUGAAACAACGGUCCGGUUUGCCUCCCAAGAAGAAAAAGAAAAAGGCUGCUGCCAAGGGUCUUCUCUCGUUUGGCGGAUAUGAUGACGAUGAAGAGGGUCAAGAAGUAACAGUGGGCCGCGGCGGAACAUCUGCACAGCAAAGUCUGCGGCCGUCAGCUGAGGCAUCGCCCGAGCCAAAGGGUGCCGUGACAGCACUUCCUCGCAAAAAGCUCGCUCCCAACCCAAACUCAACGCUCCCAGCCCCACGGGCCCUGACAAAAGCGGCGUUGGCGGCGGAUGCGCUGACCCGCGAUAAGCUGCGGAAGGAUUUCCUGGAGAUUCAGGAAGCCGUCAAGGACACGGAGAUUGCUAUCCCGUUUGUGUUCUACGACGGCGCAAAUAUCCCUGGCGGCACGGUCAAGCUCAAGAAAGGGGACCAUAUCUGGCUGUUCCUCGAGAGGUGUCGGAAGGUCGGUGCUGAGAAGGGUGUGUCGUCGUCAUCGGGCUCAGGGUCCGGUACAGGUGCGAGUCUGAAGAGUAGAGAGGAUAGCAAGAAGCAGUGGGCAAGAGUUGGGGUGGAUGAUCUGAUGUGUGUGAGAGGGGAGGUCAUUGUUCCGCAUCACUACGAACUGUACUACUUCAUCGCCAACAAGGUCAAGGACCCAACACGAGAAGGCCAGCUCCUAUUUGACUAUUCCGGCACCACGGCGAAAGGAGAACAAUCGGAAGAAGAUGCUCCUCUACUGAGAGUGCCUGGCAAAGAAACACUGGAGGGUCACGACCAUGAUCCGGGCCUGACCAAGGUGGUGGACAGGAGAUGGUACGAGAAAAACAAGCACAUUUAUCCUGCGAGUGUUUGGAAGGAAUUCAAGGCCGGCAAGGAGUUCGAGGAGAGUGCCAUAGGCCGCAGAGACGCGCUGGGCAAUGCCUUCUUCUUCAGCUAA